AUGGGUGCUUACUAUAUCCUCCUUAGCGUUGAGGUCUCACCGGAUGUGAACGAAGAGUUUCAGAAGUUGAAGGAUCACAGCUUGACAUUCAUCAUCUGUAAUCUCAACAAAGAAUUAAAAGAAAUUGUAGUUGAGAAAUCCGGCACUGAGUCGGACUGGGAUGGUUUCGUGGCGGAACUUCCGGAGACCGAAUGUCGAUGGGCUAUAUACGACUUCAGCUUCGAAGAAGAGGGUGGGGGUAAAAGGAACAAGAUUGUCUUUAUCUCCUGGACCCCUGACUCAGCUAAGAUUAAGCAAAAAAUGAUUUUCACCUCAUCUAAGGCUGUAUUAAGGCGCGGCCUUGUCGGCAUUGCAUCUGAGAUUCAAGCUACAGAACGGUCCGAAGUUUCCUAUCAGUCUGUUAUCGAGAAGGUUAGUAAAGGCAGGCAGGCGGGCAGUUACUAG